AUGCUCGAAAUCACACAGCCGCCGUGUCCCGCCGGCGGACACUUACAACACGGGGUCGACUACGCAAAACACCAUUUAAGCCCGCGCAAUGCCCCAAAGAAAGUCAUUUCACACGAGGUGCCCGUCCUCAUCGUAGGCGGCGGCCCGACAGGGUUGUUGACGGCUUACAUGCUGUCCAGGCACGGCGGUACGUCAACUCAGCGGCAGCACACACACUUUGAUCGGACAGGGAUCUCUCUCGCGAUGAGGUCGCUGCUCGUCGAAAAAUAUCCAGAGAGGCUCGCGGCGCCAAAAGCGCACGCGCUGUGUCCCCGGACCCUCGAGAUCUGCAGGCAGUACGGGCUCGAUACGAACACUAUCCGCCGCAUGGGGUCUCCGCGGAGGGACGCCUGCCGGGUCAAUUUCCUGACGAACCUCGGCGGCGAGGUGAUCGGGUCUCUGCCGUACGAGCGGAUGGAUGCCGGUGUUUUGGAGCACACGCCCCAGGUGUGUAGAUCCAGCUUCAUCUUCCGUCUGUUGUGCAUAAGGUUACUACUGGUUAGAAGGCUAACGGGGCCCGGCACCUCGCAGAUGAUUCACAACAUCCCCCAACCAGACUUUGAGAAAUUUGUAUCUGAUCGGUUGCUCGAUGACCCCAACGUCGAAAUUCGCAAAGGCGUGGGCUUCGUCUCAUGCGAACAGCGAGGCGGCAAAGUGUUUACCACGGUCGAAGAGCGUGCUACGAAAAAGCGAUAUACGGUCACGUCGAGACACCUCGUCGGGUGCGAUGGGGCAAAAAGCCAGGUCCGCCGGUGUCUCGGCAUCGAAACUGAAGGAGAAGAUGGAUAUGAGACGAUGAUGACGAUCCAUUUCAACGCGGAUCUCCGGCCGGUGGUGAAGGAUCGCGUCGGCAUGUUGCACUGGAUAGUCGACCCUGCCUGUUCUGGGUUCAUUAUAGCAUAUGACUUGGGAGGAAACCAGGUUCUGAUUAGCAAUUUUGAUUCAAAGAAGCAACCGAUAGAGACGUGGAACGAAGAGCGCGCCCACGCCACCGUGUCCGCAGCGAUAGGUCAGGACAUACCAAUAAAGGUCCUGAGUUACCGGCCAUGGGUGUUGAGCCGCAAGGUUGCGAAGGAAUACCGCCGGGGAAACGUCUUUCUAGUCGGCGACGCUGCACACUCGUUCCCCCCGACAGGUGGCCUCGGCCUCAACUCGGGCAUAGCCGACGCCCACAACCUCGCGUACAAGAUCGCCGCCGUCCACUGGGGGCGCGCCGGCCCGGGCCUCCUCGAUGCGUACGAGCGCGAGCGGAGGCAGGUCGCCGUCGUGGCCGCGGCACAGAGCAUCGAGAACGGCAAGUCCAUCUUCUCCUUCCUCAAGGCCGUCGGCGCCGCGGGCCAGGGCGAGGACUUGGCCGGGGCGCGGCGGCGGAUGUACGAGACCAUUCGCGACCCGGCGAAGCAGGCCUUGAUAGCAGAGAACGUCGAGAGACAGCGAGAGCAUUUCGACAACAUCGAGCUACACAUCGGCUAUGUCUACGGCGACGACAAGCCGCCAGCGAGCACUUCGAUCUACACCCCAAAGUUUAGGACCGGCGCUCGGCUGCCUCACGCUUGGAUCAGGAUCAAAAGACCAAGCCACGGUCUGCCGCAACAACCGAUAGACCUAUCGUACGUCGAGGAGCUGUCGAGCGAGCAGGUCGCGGCUCGGCAAUUCUCCACCCUCGACCUGGUGCAGCCGGGGACGUUCAACCUCAUCGUGGGACGCCGCUCCGCUUGGGCUGGGCGGUUCAAGGAGUCCGCAGAGGUGCUGGGCUACGGCAUCAGCCUGUGCCUGUGGGCCGCCGAUGAAGACUUUGCCUUUUGCGACGAGGGGCACAGCAGGCUGUUCGAGCAGGACGGCCGCUUGUCUCACGGAGGAGUCAUUCUCGUAAGGCCGGACCAGCACAUAUUGGAGUGUUUGGGCCCUGAAACGUCUGCUACGGAGAUUGUAAAUUGCAUUGCGAGGCACAUGGAUGCUGCAAUUUAACCGAGAAGAUCCGGCGACUAAAAAGAAAGCUUCAGUAACUAAUGAUGUGUGAUAUACACCGGAGUGGGUGUUGUAAUGUGGGACAGGAUAAACAGACACAGUCUAAAAUCAAAACGAUGAUACAAGCGUCAAUGCCAUGUUCUAUUGAAUUCCUCAUUGAAUCUUUGAACCCAGUGGUUUUGGUGAAGAGAUAUCUCCUCUGGCUCCUUGCACAGCCCAGAAACAAAACCCCGCUGUCGAGAGAGCAGCAAGCUGCAGAAGACCUGGUUAACAAUGUCGCAUGUGACAAUUGUCCGUUAUAAUCCGAUUCUCAAUCUCUCUCAGAGCCUCUCUCUCAACGCGCCUGAAUUCGUUUACCCCUUCUGAGCUACUGCGACUGGGCUAGGAGUCGCUCCGUGUAAUCGGCCUUGAUAU